CACCCUUUUCCCCCCAACACUAUAGAAGAAGCCAGCUUAAUAGAAGAGAAUGAAACCUAUCCAAGAGCCUUAUUACACUGGAACAGAGCAGCCUCACAAGGUUACACUGUUGCUAGACUAAAACUUGGCGAUUAUCAUUUCUAUGGUUUUGGCACCGAAGUUGAUUAUGAAACUGCAUUUAUUCAUUAUCGCCUGGCAACAGAGCAACAGCACAGUGCCCAAGCCAUGUUCAACCUAGGAUACAUGCAUGAAAAAGGACUUGGGAUUAAGCAGGUAAGCAAGUGCAUAGUUAUUCCCAUAGUUUUGCAGUAUCCCAAAUAUAUGUUUCAAAAGACUGUCACAAUCUUCUGCCUUUAAAUAAGCGAGAAAUAAACAUGUGGCUUUCAACCUAGCUGCAGAAGAUUCUGUAAGUGAUCAUUGCAGACUUUGACCAAAAUAAUCAAAUUAUUGUACUAUUCUCGGAGUAGAGAUUAUUUGGAUUGAUAAAAUCAUUUUAGUGUGAUGCAUAAUCAUAGUGACAGUCAAAAGCACAAGGUA